AUGUCUGGGAAGCUCAAACCCCCCGAGGAUGAGAAAUCCCUGCGGGACGACUCGAUUCAGGUUCCGCCGCUAGACACCCAAAAUGAGCAUGACUUCACCGUCCUGAGUGACCGUGAUGCAGCCAAGAUCCUCCCCUACGAAGCCGAUGAUUCUCCCUUCCCAGAAGUGCGGGCGGCCGUGCGGCCCAAGGAUGAUGUACACUUGCCAAUCAAUACCGUUCGCAUGUGGGUGAUCGGAAUUUUGUUCACAAUUGUGGGAAGUGGCCUGAACCAAUUUUUCAGCUUGCGACAGCCCAGUGUCACGAUCAGUGCGCUGGUGGCACAGCUGGCAGCCUAUCCCAUCGGAUGUGCUUGGGCACGAUGGAUCCCAUUGGGUCGGUUCAAUCCGGAUCGCCAUUUCAACAUCAAGGAGCAUGCGCUCAUCACAAUCAUGGCCAAUGUCUCGUUUGGAUCGGCGGCGGCCACGCAGGUCAUCGAAGCGAUGGUCAAAUUCUACGGCAUGCCCUCGAAAGGCGGUUUCGAGAUCCUCUUUACCAUCACUACGCAGAUGUUCGGGUUCGGUCUGGCUGGAAUGGCGUCGCGCUGGCUCGUGGGGCCGGCGACGAUGAUCUGGCCCCAGGUGUUGUCUAAUGCUGCGCUACUGUCGACGUUGCAUUCCCGCAGCAAUAGCUUGGCCGAUGGCUGGAUCAUCACGCGCCUGCGCUUUUUCCUGCUGGUUUUUAUUGGCGGAGCGGUCUGGUACUUCCUUCCGGGGUAUUUGUUCACCGCACUCAGCACCUUCAGCUUCAUCUGCUGGAUAGCACCGCACAAUGUAGUCCUGAAUCAGCUCUUUGGCCAGCGGACGGGACUGGGAAUGUCGGUUUUGACCUUUGACUGGGCGCAGGUCGUCUUUGCCAACGGAAGUCCGCUGCUCGUUCCCUUCUGGGCCGGAUGUAAUGUGAUGGGAUCGUUUGCCUUGUUUUUCUGGCUCAUCUGUCCCCUCUUGUACUACACCAACACAUGGUACUCAGCCUAUCUGCCCUUGCUGAAUCCGAACACCUUCGAUAAUCAGGGUCGGCCCUACAUGGUCGGGCGCGUUUUGAACCCGGAUGGCUCGGUGAAUCCGGAGGCAUAUAAGAAUUACUCGCCGAUGUUCCUGCCGGCGGGCUAUGCGGUCACAUACGGCGUGGCGUUCGCCAACUUGACCGGCAUUUUCGUGCAUGUGGCGCUGUACCACGGAAAGGACCUGUGGGAGCAGUGGAAGGGGCGCAACCAGAAAGAUGUACAUUCCCGUGUGAUGGAGGCCUACGCCGACGUGCCGUGGUGGUGGUUCGGUGCGGUGACCAUCGUGAUGUUCGUGCUGAGUAUCGUGACCAACGAGGUGUGGCACACGGAUCUUCCGGCGUGGGCCGUUCUCCUUGCCUAUCUGUUGCCGGCCGUGUACUUUAUCCCGAUCGGGAUCAUCAAAGCAGUGACCAACAUCUCCAGCAAUCAGCUCAACUUGAUCACUGAGUUCAUCGGGGGAUAUGCCUUUCUCGGGCGACCGGUUGCCAACAUGGCGUUCAAGUUCUACGGAUAUGUGGCAGUGUCACAGGGUCUCGAGUUCGUGGCCGAUAUGAAACUAGCACAUUAUCUGCACAUUGCUCCCCGAACGCUCUUCAUGGCCCAGGGACUUGCCACCCUGAUCGGAGCCAUCGUGCAAUGCGGCGUGACGGUGUUCAUGAUAACGCGAUUCGAGGGGAUCUGUAAACCGGAUUCCCCGGGCGGAUUUAGCUGUCCACACGGACAUGUGACAUAUUCUUCUUCCUUGAUCUGGGGCGCUCUCGGCCCCGGUCGGAACUUCUCCUCGGGCCAAAUCUAUGGCAAUCUCCUUUGGUUCUUCCUGGUAGGCCCGGUUGUUGUGAUCAUCACGUAUCUUCUAGGCCGCCGAUGGAAGCAAUUCAACUACAUUUCCUGGCCGGUCGCGUUUGGCGCCAUGAGCCAGGUCCCACCGGCGACGGGGAUCAGCUUUUCGUCCUGGUGGAUUGUAAACAUCAUUUUCAACGGGCUGAUCAAGCGGCGCAAGCCGGCGUGGUGGGCGAAAUACAACUACGUGCUGUCCGCCGCACUAGACUCGGGCGUCGCCGUCUCCACGGUGAUCAUCUUCUUCUGCAUCAUCCUGCCGGCCGGCCUGCUGCACUGGUGGGGAAACGACGUGCAACGUCGGACAGCGGAUGACAUGGGAACGCCGUGGAAGAAACUGCCAGAGGCGGGAUACUUCGGACCGGCCAUAGGGACGUGGCGAUGA